AGUACAAAAAUUUUUUAUAAGUUUUGAAAAUGGGUGAUACGAAAUCAGACGUGCAUACUUGGAUAAGUGAUUUUUUAGAACAACGAAACAUCUUUCAAUAUAAAGUAGACGUAGCCGGAAAAGCUAACAAAGGAGAUGGCUAUUUAGGGGAAGUAACUUUCGUCAAAAUAUCUACGUUUACAGAUAGAAUAUAUCACUUAGCGAUAAAAUCAGCUAUGCAAAGUGUACAACUCAGAAAACAGGCACCUAUCGAAGAGAUAUUUCAAAGAGAAAUGUAUGUAUAUACUGUCAUUAUGCCUGCUUUUGCACAAUUCCAAAAGGAAAAGGAGGUAGAAUAUAUUUUUGAUAAUUUUCCAAGAUGUUAUGGAAUCUACAACAAAGACAGAAAAGAAGCUAUACUAUUACAAAAUAUGAAAUCCCUCAAAUACGAUAUCCAUGACAGAAAAACACCUCAAAAUCUCGAUCACGUAUUUUUUGUUUUCAAAAACUAUGCCCGAUAUCACGCUCUAUCCAUUGCAAUGAAACGUCAACAACCUGAAGUGUUCCAAAAUCUGACCAAGAACAUGACGGAUAUUCUUUCGUACUUUGUGACUAAAGCUGGCAUGGUUCCUGGAAUAUGCAACGACUUCGAAUUGGCUCGUGAGCUUCUUAAAGAGGUCGAUCCAGUAGCAUUUAGAAAGCUGGACUUUAAUAAGAAUGAUAUCGAGAGGGCUCUAUGCAAAGCUAGUGAUUUGCCUGAUGGGUUGUCUGUGAUACUUCAUGGUGAUUGUUGGAAUAAUAACAUGAUGUUUGCUUAUGAGAACGAAGACAAAUCCCUACCCUCCAACAUAGCGUUCAUCGAUUUUCAGUUGAGCAGCAUGGGAUCUCCUAUAUGUGAUUUAUCCUUCUACCUCUACACUGUGGCAGACGAAUCCGUACUACAGUAUUUUGACGUGAUUUUAGAAUCCUACCAUUGCCACCUCACAAAUUUUCUUUUGGAAAUGGGCGAAACAAACGCAGGCGUUACAUUGCAAGACUUAAGACGCCACUGGUUUCUGUAUGGCAAAUUCGGCAUAGCCAUUGCUCCCUUUAUUCUGAAGAUCGAGUUAUCUGACUCAGAUGAAGUGACAGAUUUAGUGCAAGGUGCCGAAAGUGGAAAUAUUGGAGAUGCCUUUAAGGUGGAGUUAAAAAAUAAGGACGUGUAUAACUAUAGAGUUAAAAGUGUCUUAACACACUAUGCAUCGUUCAUUGACAAAUAAACACAUACAUCUUUUGAGUAAACCUAUCUUGAAUUUUAGAUAUUAUUUAUUAAUUAUAACUUUAAAUUCACUCAUACUAGAACAAUUCCAUGUAAUUAUUUAACUUUAUAAAGGCAUCAAAACUUGUAUACAUAUAAACUUUUAUUAAAAAUGUAAUUUAAAUUAAAAUGAUA